AUGGAGAGGAACGGUGGUGAACGGGCCGCCGCCAUUGCGGUGCCGCUUAUCGCCUUCGUCAUCGUCGCGACGGCCGUCGUGCUGCCGUCAACUGUCUGGGGUGGAAGAGCAGGGAGCCAUAACAGAGAGCGCGGGUACCGGCACCAGGAGCACUUUGUGCGGCACGUCCCGGGCGAGCCCCAGAAAGCGAGGCUGCUACCGGCGACUACUCAGGCCAUCAACAAGAAGGUGGUCGGAGGCGUGAUCGAGGAAGGCCUGGCUCGGUCUCGGGUGGCCAUCCGCCGGGCGGCUCGCGCGCUCAGGGACGAGAGCAUCCGCCGGAUACGGAGCUUCGGGGACGUCGGCGACGCUUUUGCGCCGCGAGGCGCCAUCUACCGCAAUGCCAGGGCCUUCCACAGGAGCUACGUGGAGAUGGAGAGGAGGAUGAAGAUAUGGACGUACCAGGAGGGGGAGCCGCCGCUGGCGCACCUCGGCCCGGGCACCGACAUCUACUCCAUCGAGGGCCAGUUCCUGUACGAGAUAGAGGACCCCCGGAACCGCUUCGCCGCGCGCCGCCCCGGCGAGGCCAACGUCUUCCUGCUCCCCAUCAGCGUAUGCAACCUCGUCCACUACGUCUACCGCCUCAACACCACCGCCUACCUCGCGCCGCUGCGCCGCCUGGUCGCGGACUACGUCCGCGUGGUCGCCGAGAGGCACCCGUACUGGAACCGCUCCGGCGGCACCGACCACGUCCUCGUGUCGUGCCACGACUGGGCGCCGCUAGUCUCGGAGGGGAACCGGCAGCUCUACGGCAACGCGAUCCGGGUUCUGUGCAACGCCAACACCUCCGAGGGCUUCACGCCCAGGAAGGACGCGACGCUGCCGGAGGUGAACCUCGCCGACGGCGUCCUCCGCAGGCCGACGUUCGGCCUGCCGCCCGAGAACCGGACCACACUCGCCUUCUUCGCCGGUGGGAUGCACGGCGACAUACGCAGAAACCUCCUGCAGCACUGGGUCGGCAGAGACCCGGACAUGCACGUCCACGAGUACCUCCACGCCGGGCAGGACUACCAUGCGCUCAUGACCAGGGCGCGGUUCUGCCUCUGCCCCAGCGGCUUCGAGGUGGCGAGCCCGAGGGUGGUGGAGUCCGUCUUCGCCGGCUGCGUGCCGGUGAUCAUCUCGGAGGGGUACCCGCUGCCCUUCAGCGACGUGCUGGACUGGAGCAAGAUGUCGGUGACGGUGCCGGCGGCUAGGAUACCGGAGCUGAAGGCCAUCCUGCGGGGCGUGUCAGAGAGGAGGUACCGUGUGCUGCGUGCCAGGGUGCUGCAGGCGCAGCGGCACUUCGUGCUCCACCGGCCGGCGAGGCGGUUCGACAUGAUUCACAUGGUGCUGCACUCCAUCUGGCUCAGGAGGCUCAACGUCAGGCUACCGUACUGAU